CCUCAUUUUGCUACUCAUUAUUUACUCUUGAGACAAGCAGAUAUAAUUCUCAGAUACCUACUCCCCAAUAGCUACAUUCCCCAGCUCAUACUUGUCAGUCAGAAACAUCUACUAUGUCCUUCAUCCCACCUCCCACCCCACCACCCGCACCCGGUCCACCGCCAGUUCAGGCACACACCCCACCAGAACCACAACCACCCACUGUCCCCACCACCGGCCCCAAAGGCUCUCUCCUCCUCGAACUCCACAUUUUCAACGGCCACCCCUUCAAAGAUCACUGGGCAUACUGGAUUUCUUCUCCAGAUGAUCCCCUCGUCGGAGUGAAGAUCCACGCGACCGGGGACGUGCGCAACGGCUUCAUCUUCGAGAUCAAGCGCAGCCACGAUCUCCGUACCAGUCCGGAUAUUCCGAUUAAGCGGAUACCAUUACAGUGGGUUGAUGGGGGGCAUCUUGAUCAGGGGAAGAUGUUUAAUGGUGGGGUGGAGAAGAUCGAGAAUCUGCCGGUGUGUGCGUUUGAGGAGGUGUUGUCUAAGGUAAAGGUGCCAGGGAAGUCGUUGAAUAGUGUCAGUCAGGAGGGGAACUUGGGAGAGGAUGGGGUUGGGAGGAAGGUGGUGCAGAGGGAUUGUCAGACUUGGAUUGUGGAGUCGAUGGGACAAUUGGUUAGGAAGGGAGUUGUUGGGAGGGAAGUUGAGGAGUUUGUGUGUAUGAUUAGGCAGUGAGGUGAUG